GGGCGGGACGGCGGCGGGAACGCGCCCGCCUUUCCCGGGCUAGCGGGCGGGCGGUUGUCCGAGGCUCGGCGUCUGUGCGUCCCAUCACGUAGGUUACGCACACACUUCGUCCCGGCUGCCGCCGGGAGCUCCCCCAAGCAGCAGUGCCCUCACAGACCCGGGCUCACUGGAGGCUGCGCCGCGAUGGUUCGGGUCGCGGGUCUGAGGUGGAGCUGACUAAGGGCUGAGAAGAGCCUGGAAGUCGCGACGGAGCACGAAGCUCUUCCUUGGCCGUCGGGCCCCGGGCUUCCCGCCCUCCCGCCGACUUCCAGCCGUCUGUGUCAAGCUAUUUUUCUGGAAGCCCUGAACCCCGUGCCCCUCAAGCCCUGGGCCCCCUGCGGGAAUGUUCAAAAAUGAGUACCAGGGAGGUGCAUUUGUUGAAAUCUUUAGUGCCCAGGGUAAAAAUCCUGGAGCAAAAUGGAAGAUCCUCGGCAGUCCAUCUGUGAUUUGGAAAGAAUUUGAUAAAGAAGUUAAAAGUUUUGUGUUUGUACUGGAAGGCAGCAGCCAAACGAAUAAAAUACAGUUACCAAAGGAGAAUAAGCAAAUCCUUGGACUGAUCCAGAGGUUUCUUGUACUUCAGAUUUACAUACCCCUGGGACAAGACUUCUCCACUGAAUUGCUGCACACAGAGGUGUUCAGCAGCUUAUGUCUCUUAGUUGUUGGAUUGCAACCUAACAGAAAAGCUGGAAUUACUGAUUUGAGAAACAUAAAAAGAAGAUUGUAUUUAUCAACCGUCUACAAGGAAUUGUCUUCAACCCCUCUUCAUGCAAAAAUCCCACUCUUCAUGAUCAAGCGCAAAAUUUGGUGCAAUCUAUGCAUUGACUUGGUGGCAUUUACCAAUGAAAUAUUCAAAGGAGCAGUUUUCCAGUCACUGGAUGGAAUUACUGUCUCAGCGAAUUGUAAGCUACGAAAGAUCUUCACUUUAAAAUACAAGCCUCAAGACACUGCUGAUAAAGAUGCUGGACAUGAUGCUCCCUUUCCAACAGAUGAACCUAUAGACAUCAUUCCACGAAGCUGCCAACUAACAACAGAUGUUCCACAAGUGACACAGCUGCUAAACAUGACUAAACUCCGCCAAACUGAAAUAAAAUUUGGGGGUCAUCCUCUGAGUUCAGCAGAAUCAGAUCAGUUCAUUAACAGAGGAGCAGUUAGCACACGCAACAGUAAACAUCAAGAUGUUUGUCAUAUUGCCUUUGGAUCCAAAGUUCUUGGACCACCUCCACUCUCUGGCAGAAGAAAUAACAUGAGGCUAUCCAAUGAGACAAUAAGAUCUGUUGGGUCUAAAAGUAACCGAUCACACCAGCAGUCUACAGUAGAGAAGUGUGUUAACAGUGCAGAAAUGUUAACCUUGCUGUUACCUGAGUCUGAGGCACAAAGAGAUAAAGAAAAUAUCGGCCAAAUAAAGCAGACUGUACCUGUUCUUGCCAGUCUGCAUAUUAUGCAUCCGCAUCCCCCUCAAGAACCGUCAGCCGAUAAGAAUAACAACAGGAGAAGAUUUCGGUUAAAAAGCACCAGCGGAGAAAGGACAGAGACACCCAGCGGCAGUUCUUCAGAAGAUAACAGGAAUGAUGAACAUAAAGCAGCAACUGUCCUCACCACUAUGUCCCAGCAAAGAGCAGAGACAUUGAACCCCCGCUCUCCAGUACCCCAGUCUCCUGAUCAAGCAGAUGAGUGGAUAUUUCCCGAAAAUGGCGAUGACAUGCCCUAUUUGGCCUCUACCACACAGUCUCUACUUCUGGGUGAAGAUUCGUGCCAUACUUCAUGCCUGUGCCUAGAAGCCAGCAAGGAAAGUGAACAUGAUCAUCAGACAGAGGAAACCCAGACUGUUCCAAAGGAUGUUUUCACUUUUUCAUCCAGACCACGAUCAGCACCUCAUGGAAAGACUCAGACUAUGUCCCCAGAAGCGUGCCUGUUUACUUUGGAUCUAAAGGAAGAUACCAGUGUGACAAGGAGUGACACCCAGACAGAGGAAGAUUUUUACGGUGGUGACAGCAGCGAAGAGGAUAACCACAGUGUCCAGGGUUCUCCAGGCCCAACAACUAGUCCUCCAGAGUUAACUCAGUUAACGUUAGAGAGCGUGCUGGGGAAGGCUGCAAACUGUGCAAGUAAAGGAUAUCUUAAAAAUGCAUAUGCAGAAGGAAGAACUUCAGAAAACCAGAAUUCCAUGGCGAAGCUGAUAGAUAUAAAAGACUUUGAAACGAGUUUUGUGCCUACACCAUCCCUUUCUCCACCUGGAAGACAUGAGUACUCUCCGAAAAUUCCAGAUCCUAUUAUUAAAGCAAAGGACCUACCAGCCCAUCAAGUGUCAACUUCAACAAACAAAACCUUCCUAAAGGAAAUUUCAGAGGAGAAGUUGAAACCGAUUGCUGAGUUAUCUGAGUAUGACUGGAGAAACUAUCAGCCCAGUGAGAUUAGUGACUCUGAGUUGCAAAUGCUCGCCAGCCUACGACGGCAACAGAACGAAGAACUGGAGGACACUGGGGCUCUCUAUGGCCUGAGCGCAUCCCAGGUUGACAACUGUAAUGUCAGCAUAAGCACCAGCAGUGACGACACAACCACGUGGAACUCCUGCCUGCCACCUCCUGUCAACCAGGGCCGUCACUAUCAGAAAGAAAUGAACCCACCUUCUCCUUCUAACCCCCGGUCCACCAAGAGAAGCAUGUGAUGGUGCCCUUUGGGACGUGAAAUGGCCACAUUAGCUUCAGUGAAAUAUCUGCAACUACUCCAGAGACCUAAAACCUACGAUUUUUAAAUUAUAUGUACUCAUACCCACAUAUGCAUAUACAGAGUCAACUUUCAGUUAGCUUUACUAAUGUAACAGAAUAACCAGUAUCCCCAAAGUCUUUUAUUUACUUUUAUCCUGGAAAGACUUUUAUUUCUGUACCAUAUUUACCUUCUUAGUUUUAUGUGUUGAUGAGUAAAAUUAAAGAUAGAAUGCAGUCCACAAAGCAAACAAAUUUGUGUUUUGAAAAGUAAUCUCUAGGGUUAAAAUGGCUAAAACACUGCCUAUAUUCAUACAUUGGUUUCCUCUAACUAAAGCGUUCACUUGCACCCAUAGGGCAGUGCUUGACAUUGGAUGCUGUGGGAUACAAUGGUAAUCCUUUCCUGAAAUGUUUACAGUCUAGGGAUUGAAAUACACAUGGUUCACCUCAUCUCUUUGUGUGUUUAGAUUUGCAGAAGUCACUUCCCCUUGCUUUGGUAGGCAUGGGGGGAGUGAUAUUUUCCAUUAUUUCUGCCUAACAUACCAACUGAUACUUAGCAUCUCAGUUGCUGGGGCCCUUGCCUCCUUUGUUCACCCACACUGUCUCUUGGGGCACUGACAGCCUAUAUCACAAGAUGCAGAAAUGGCUAACAUAAGCUAAUACAAUUUACAGGAGUAUUGGGUAGGAGGAAACAAUUUCAUAGUUCAUUCAUGUUCAGAAAUGUUUCCUAGCAUGUAAACUUGCAUGCUGCCAUACUGAGCAAAAUGGAUGCUGUUCACAGUCUUCAGUCAUUUAUUUUAAAAUGCCAUCUAUUGGUUUGUAGGGUUUAGAGCUGUCCCUCGGGCACAUCUAUUUAUGUGUUUAUGUAGAUUCUUCAGAACAACUUGAGAUAUUUUUGUUCAGGAACAGGUUUUAUAAAGUAAGCUGUGAUUACAUUCUGGUUGUCUGUUCAUAUGGAUGGAGUCAAUAACCAGUGUUUCAUUUCAAAUGAUGAUCACAUUUGCUGUUUUUACAAAUCAUAAGAAAAUUGAGGAGGAGGGAAGGCAGUCAAAGACUCUGUAAGGUCUCAAAUGUUUACAGAAAUAAACAAUAUAGAAAAUAAUUCUAGACUGCCCAUAUAGUCAUGAAUGGCAUGGUUUUCUUUCUAAAGUGUUUGCUUUAUGAUUUAGCAUUUAUCCAUAGUUUUCAAAAUGUCAUUGCAGAUUGUGUUAGGGCUUGAAUCCCUUGCAGCCUUGCCACAUGUUUGUGUGAUAUGAAUGUACUUAUAACUAUAAUUAUCUGAUAAAUCCCUGCAGACUUUGACAGAUGAUUAAUAACCACUGACCUUAGUUCAUGCUGGCUCAGCCAGCCUGACUGAGGCGAGCUGGCCUGU